AUGGAGAGCGAGGCACCGUUCACCGUGGGCACUGACGUCGACGCGCAACCGCGGUCCAGACCAGCUAGCACGAAGAGUCCAGUACAAGUGCAUGUUGAUUCCCAAACACCUCUGCUACAGGGAAGCAGUAGUCCGCCAAGCUAUGAAGAACCGAGACUCCCAGAGGAUACUUCGGAUGCGCCCGUCACAGAGCCCAGGAAAUCUUGGAGAAGUGCCAGUAUCUUCUGGCUACUACCAUUCCUCUUAUUAUAUAUGAUCGGUUUUGGUGGGACAGUUGUACCGAAAGUCAACCUGAUCCUUACGCUGCUUUGCAGAGACUAUUUCGCGGAGAAAGCGGCCAAAGAUCCAAACUUUACAUAUCUUCCAGUCCUACUAGGUGAUGAUAACGCGCAGUGUCGCAUUCCCGAGGUCCAUUCUCUCGUGGCCCAAUUCCAAUUGUAUUUGAAUUUGCUGGCAGGAAUUUUAUCGGCUCUGGCUAGUCCUAAACUAGGUCAACUCUCAGACCGCUACGGCAGGACUAGAAUAAUCGCGCUGGGCACGCUUGGUGCUGUACUGUCGGAGCUGAUUACCGUUAUUGUGGCAGCGAAGCCAGAGACUGCGCCGGUGAACUUGCUUUUGCUGGGUGCAGUCUUCGACGGGCUGGGCGGCUCUUUCACCGGGGCUGUAGCUCUGGUUACUUCAUAUGCUUCAGAUUGUUCUCGUCCGGAGACGCGCAAUGUGGCUUUUGGGUAUUUCCAUGGGGUUUUGUUUACGGGAGUUGCGGCUGGCCCGUUUCUGGCAGCCUUGGUGUUGAAACAAGGUGGCCGCGUAUACGAUCUCUUUUCUGUCACAUUGGCGUUCCAGGUACUCUAUUGCCUGAUAGUAUGGCUGAUUGUCCCUGAAUCUUUAUCAGAGGAGCAGCAACAAAUCGCUCGAGAAAAGCAUCGGAUGAAGCGUAUGCACGAGGAGACCAAUUGGAUCUCUCGCUGGAAUCCACUAACCCUCAUCGCACCUCUUGCAAUCUUGGUGCCACCCGUUGGCCGGCCAAGUACCUUCUUUCCAAACCGCGGAGGCGCAAGUCGAGACCUGUGGAGAAACCUCGUUCUUUUAUCCACCAUGGAUACGGCAGCGUUUGGAGUGGCACUAGGCACCGCGCAAGUGGUCAUCAUCUAUGCAGAAUACAUGUUUGGAUGGGGCAACGUCGAGUCAAGCAUGUUCGUCUUCAUUGUCAACAUAGUCCGGGUGGUCAACCUCCUACUCAUCCUCCCACUUGUGGCCCGAGUAUUCCGCAAGCCUGCGACCGAAGAACAUUCGGUUGCGGGCUCAGACAUGUUGGACAUCACCCUCAUCCGCCUAUCAGUUGUGUUAGAUGUCAUUGGAUAUGUUGGCUAUGCUUUGUCCAAAAAUGGUUCCGUGUUGACAUUCUCGGGCAUCAUUACAGCAUUGGGAGGCAUGGGGUCACCCUUAAUGCAAGCUUCGCUGACGAAGCACGUUCCGAAAGAUCAGAUAGGGCAAAUUCUCGGGGCUAUCGGCUUAUUGCAUGCCAUUUCUCGAGUUACUGCUCCGGCGCUAUUCAGUCUGAUAUAUAGUCUUACUGUAGGAAAGUUCACCCAAGCAGUGUUCAUCUGCUUGACCGGUAUAUUCGGUCUUGCAUUGAUCUGCAGUUUCUUUAUCAAACCACACGUGUAUCUUGACAUUGAUGAUGAUGUCCCUGGUGGCAAUGAUGACGUCCAUGAAGAGGAAAGGGAAGAUGAUGCCCUGCUGCGUGCUUAA